UGUGUUUCAGGUUCAGCUAUUCUGGCUCUCUUGCUAGCUGGCUAUCUAGCACAGCAAUAUUUACCGAUGCCUACACCGAAAGUAAUUGGGAUUGACCUUGGCACGACUUACUGCUCUGUUGGUGUCUUUCUUCCCGGAACAGGGCAGGUGAAGGUUAUUGCAGAUGAAAAUGGGCACAACAGCAUCCCAAGUAUAGUCUCUUUCACAGACAGAGAUGUGUAUGUAGGAUAUGAUGGCCUAGAACUGGCUGAUUCAAAUCCUCAGAACACCAUAUAUGAUGCAAAAAGAUUCAUUGGAAAAAUUUUCACUUCAGAAGAACUGAAAAGUGAAAGUAGCAGGUAUCCUUUUAAGAUUUUCAACAACAAUGGAUCAGCUGAAUUUUCUGUGACAACUAAUGAAACUUUUCGCAUCACUCCAGAGCAUAUUGGCUCUCAGCUACUACUGAAAUUGAAAAGAAUGGCAGAAGACUGUCUUGGCAUGCCCAUUUCAAAGGCGGUCAUCUCUGUCCCAGCAGAGUUUGAUGAAAGGCAACGGAAUUCUACCAUUAAGGCAGCUAACCUUGCAGGGCUAGAAAUCUUGCGAGUAAUCAAUGAACCCACAGCUGCAGCUAUGGCUUAUGGACUCCACAAAGCUGAUGUGUUUAAUGUUCUGGUGGUGGAUUUGGGUGGAGGAACUUUGGAUGUGUCUCUGUUGAACAAGCAGGGAGGGAUGUUCCUCACACGAGCCAUGGCAGGUAACAACAAACUCGGAGGACAGGAUUUUAAUCAGAGGUUGAUGCUGUAUUUAUAUGAUCAGCUCCAUCAAAUGUAUGGUUCUUUGCCAACAAGAAAAGAAGAAAUACAUCGCCUCAGACAGGCUGUGGAAGCAGUUAAAUUAAAUUUGACUGUUCAUGAGGCAGCUACGCUAAGGGUGUCGUUGACUAUGCCAGAAGGGAAGCUUACAAAAGAACUUCCAGAAAGUGAGGUAAAAACAAACAGUGUGCUAAAAGGCAAGCCUUCACAAAAAGCAAAAGAUCUGAAAAAUCUUGGAGACUCUUCGAAAGCAGAGAACAACUUUGUCAAAGUUGUGUUUGAAACAGAAAUCUCUAGGAAGCUGUUCGAGAUGUUAAAUGAGGACCUUUUUGAGAAGAUUCUUGUGCCCAUUGAACAGGUGUUGAAGGAAGGCCACCUGCACAAAGCAGAAGUGGAUGAAAUUGUGUUAGUUGGAGGCUCCACCCGGAUUCCUCAGAUACGCAAAGUUAUUCAGGAUUUCUUUGGAAAGGAACCUAACACCUCUGUAGAUCCCGAUCUAGCAGUUGUAAUGGGUGUAGCCAUUCAAGCAGGAAUCGUUGGUGGGUCCUGGCCUCUCCAAGUCAGCGCUAUAGAAAUUCCUAAUAAGCAUUUACAGAAGACUAAUUUUAACUGAAUAGAAACUCUUCCCCAUUGCAUUCCGUAUCUCCAAAAGCGUACUCUGGUGCAUACUUACCUGACUGGCAGUGGAGCCUAAUCUUAGCCAUAUUAUAUUAAUUGUUUUU